UCUCGACACACGCUCCGGAUCUAUCUACUGCUGAACAUUAUCUGUAUUUUACAGAAGAGAGCCCUCACAUGGUGUUACUGCUGGUGCUUGGAGCCAGAGGUAUUGUAAGAGUCCAAUGUCAAGAGGCAGGUUAUCUUCAACAUGACAAGCUGACUACAGCAGCCAUCCACCAUAAAGGUGCAUGAUACAAAUUCUUCAGAGACAACACUCAAGCCUACAGGUGGUAGCAAGAAGAAACCAUGGCAACAUCUAUUGAUCUGCUGGCAACAUUAAAGGAUUUGGCAAAUGAAGAGUUUAAGGAGUUCAAAUGGUUCCUGCAGCAGGCUGAUGUCUUGGAAGGCUUUCCAGCGAUCCCAAAGAGCCAGUUGGUGAAUGCAGACAGGCUGGACACUGUGGAUGAGAUCAUGGAGGCCUAUGACAAAAAUGCAGUAGAGGUGACCAUUAAGGUUUUGAAGUUGUUCAAAAAGAAUGACUUGGCGCAGCGUUUAUUAAACAUCAACGCAACAUCCAAAGAGGCUCUCACUGAUUCCCAGCGUAAACUCAAAUCCAACCUGCAGAAAAAGUUUAAGCAUUUGUUUGAGCAAGACACAAAAUCUGGAAGGCAGAUGUUGAUGAAUGAGAUCUACACUGAGCUCCUCAUCACAGAGGAAAGGUCUGAAAAGACAUUUGGACAAAAUGCAACAGCAUCCGGCAACACAGUUAAUUCUGAACAGCUUAUUAACUUCUUCGAAACCUCAGCGGGUCAAGAUGGAUCAGUUAGAACAUUAUUGACAAAAGGAGUAGCAGGGAUAGGGAAGACCACCUUGACACGGAAGCUUGCCCUAGAUUGGGCUGAAGAGAAAAUCGACAGCAAUGCACAGUUCAUAUUUCCAUUCACUUUCCGAGAGUUGAAUUCACUCAAGGAGAAAAAGUACAGCUGGGUGCAACUUCUUCAUCACUUCUUUGCUGAUACCAAGGGAAUAAGCUGCUUUGAUAAACUCCAGAUUGUGUUUGUCCUUGAUGGUCUAAAUGAGUGUCAACUUCCUUUGGACUUUCACAACAAUGAGAUCCUGACUGAUGUCACUGACUCAGCUUCAGUGGACGUGCUGCUGACAAACCUCAUCAUGGGGAAACUGUUCCCUUCUUCCUCUCUCUGGAUAACCACAAGACCUGGGGCAGCUGGUCAAAUCCCUCCAGAGUACAUUCACAUGGUGACAGAGGUGGGGGGAUUCACUGAUCCAAGGAAGGACGAGUACUUCAGGAAGAGAUUCAGGAAUAAGGCGCUGGCCAGCAGAAUCAUCACCCACAUCAAGACAUCACGAAGCCUCCACAUCAUGUGCCACAUUCCAUACCUCUGUUGGGUCACUGCAACAGUUCUGGAGGAUGUGUUGAAAACCAAUGACAGAGGAGAGCCACCCAGUACCUUAACUGAGCUUUAUAUCCAUUUUCUAUUAGAUCAGUUCAAAGUGGUGAAUGAAGAAACAGAUUCACUCUGGAACACAGAGACCAGCAAGAUGAUUGUUUCUCUGGGAAAACUGGCUUUUGAGCAGCUGCAGAAAGGCAACCUCAUCUUCUAUGAAGCAGAUCUCAGAGAGUGUGGCAUUGAUAUCAGAGCUGCUUCUGUCUACUCAGGCGUGUUCAUGCAGAUCUUUAAAGAAGACCAUGGGCAGGACCAGGACAAACCUUUCUGUUUUGUCCAUUCAAGCUUCCAAGAGUUUCUGGCUGCUGUUCAUGUCAUUGUGUCAUUCAUCAACUCUGGUGUCAACCUAAUGUCAGAAGAAGAAUCAUCUUCCCAACAGUCAGAGCAAUCUGAAGUCAAACACCUCUUCCAUAGUGCAGUGGAAAAGGCUUUACAGAGUCCGAAUGGACGCCUGGACUUAUUCCUGCGUUUCCUUGUUGGCCUCUCACUGCAGACCAAUCAAGCACUUCUUCAAGUCUUAUUGAAGCGAACAGGAGGUAGCUUACAGAGCAGUCAGGACACAGCCCAGUACAUCAAGAAGAAGAUCAGGGAAAAACCCAAUGCAGAGAGAAACAUCAACCUGUUUCACUGUCUGAAUGAGCUGAAUGAUCAUUUGCUAGUGGAGGAGAUCCAACAGUACCUGAUUUCAGGAAGUCUGUUCCCUAACAAUCUGUCUCCUGCUCAGUGGUCAGCUCUGGUCUUCAUCUUAUUGUCAUCACAGAGCUUGUUGGAUGUGUUUGACCUAAAGAAAUACUCUUCUUCAGAGGAAGGCCUUCUGAGGUUGCUGCCUGUUCUUCAAGCCUCCAAUCUAUGCAUGUUGAGUGGCUGUAAGCUUUCUAAGAAAAGCUGCAAAGCUUUGGCCUCAGGUCUUGGUUCCCUGACCUGUAAUGUGAGAGAGCUGGACCUGAGUUACAACAAUAAGCUGGUGCGUGGACACCAGGAGCUCACAGUUUGCCUGAAGUAUCCACAAUGUAAACUGGAGACUCUCAGGCUGUGUUGCUGUGGUCUGGAAUCCAAGCAUUGUGAAGAUCUGUCUUCAGUUCUCAGUUACCAGUCGUCCAGUCUCAGAGAGCUGGACCUGACUUACAACAGCUUGUUGGAUGAAGGAAUGGAGCAUCUCGCUGUGGGGUUGCAGAGUCCACACUGUAGACUUAAAACUCUCAGCUUGGUUGACUGUGGGCUGACGUGGAGAGGCUGUGAUGCUGUGGCCUUCUCCCUCAGCUCACAGUCCUCUAGUCUGAGACAGCUGGACCUGAGUAUGAACAACUUGCAGGAUUCAGGGGUGCUGGUAUUCAGUGCUGGCCUGGAACAUCCACACUGUAAACUGGAAACACUGAGGCUAAGUGCCUGUACCCUGUCAGAAGACAGCUGUGAAACUCUAGCCUCAGUUCUCACCUCCCAGACCUCCAGCUUGAGAGUGCUGGACUUGAGUAAAAACCACCUUCAGGAUUCCGGAGUCAAGUUUCUUUCUACUGGACUGGAGAGUCCAGGCUGUAACCUGGAAGCUCUCAGGCUGGGAGAGUGUGGGCUGUCAGAGAGAAGCUGUGAAGCUCUGGUCCCAGCUCUCUGGUCCCAGACUUCUCGUUUGAAAGAGCUGGACCUGAAUAACAACGACCUGCUGGAUUCAGGAGUGAAGUUUGUUUCUGCCGGACUUGAGAGUCCUCAAUGUAGACUGGAAACCCUCAGGCUGUCAGGCUGCCAGGUCACAGAGGAAGGCUGUGCUUCUCUGGGCUCAGCUCUGAGCUCCAAUCCCUCCCAUCUGAAAGAGCUGGACCUGAGCUAUAACCAUCCAGGAGACUUAGGAGUGACACUCCUCUCUGCUGGACUGGCGAAUCCACAAUGGAGACUGGAAACUCUAAAAGUGGACCAUGGCGGAGUACAAAGGUUAAAAACCGGUCUGCAGAAGUAUGCCUGUGAACUUACACUGGACCCAAACACAGCACACAGAGAGCUCUUCCUGUUUAACAACAAUACACAGGUGAAAAUUGUGAAGGAACAACCUUAUCGGUAUCAUCAAGACAGAUUUCAGCACUCCUCACAGGUGCUGUGUAGAAAUGGUUUGACUGGUCGCUGUUACUGGGAGGUUGAUAAUGCAGAACGCUGUAGCAUAGCAGUGGCUUACCGAGGAAUCAGCAGGAGAGGACGUGCUGAAGACUCCAGGUUUGGAUUGAAUGACCAGUCCUGGGCUCUGACCCAUAAAGGAGAUUUUUGGCACAAUGGCACAGGAAAACAUACACAUAGCUCUUUCAAACAAGCAAUCACAGUAUUUAACCACUGGAAUGCCGCUGUCCCUCCAAGAAAGGCGACCAGACAAGCAGUGUAUCUGGACUGGCCUGCUGGCACUCUGUCCUUCUACACAGUAACUCCAUCUUACUUACUAACACACAACUACACCUUCUUCUGCAGAUUUACAGAACCACUCUACCCUGGGUUUGGCUUUGUGCCGCAUGCCAUGUCACCAUGGGGUCCCUUCUUGUCCCUGUGUCAGAUAGAUGAGGGAACAUCUUAACAACACAACUGUUCACUAAGGUCAUCUCCUAAAAUGAGGAAAAUAACUAGAUUUUAAAUUCUGGAUUCAAAGUGACCUUCAAUGGAGGGUCGACAGUUUUUGGGGCAAAAAUUCCAUUUUAACCCUUCCAGUAUGUUGUAAUUAAUGUGGUCUGAGAGAAAAUUAUACUUCAGCUGGUAUAAAUCUUCUAAACUGAGCUGUCAGCCAUCUUUAUUUGUCGGUAAAGUACAUAGAGGAAUCAAACUGUGUAAAAGGUAGUUCAAUUUAUUCUGCAGGGAGCAGACAGUCAGAAGAGCUGAUGAUUUGUUAGCCUUUAGCUAAUAUAUAAAAGUAUGUUGAAGGUCUGUGGCUGUAAGGGAGACUUUUUAUAACUGUUUGUUACAUAAGAAAGGCAAUAUAUAGUAACAGGCAUCUGACUACACUGCCAAAAAAACAGCUUUUUAAAAAAAAGAGAAAAAAAAGAAAAACGUUUGUUUAGUGAAUUUUUAUAUAAUUUGAGUAUUACAAUAAGAACAAAGACAAAAGACAAGUAAAGUACAAUACAGCAUAUUCACAGCAAGACAUCAUCUUAGUUUAAAUGUCUAAAUCAGAAAAACAGGACUGUGCAUUGAGUGCUUUAACAAGGCCCAAAGUAAAUGCUACCCAUAUAAUCCUUGACAGUCCAAAAAAAGAAAAUAAAAGUGCUCAAAAUGAUGUUAUCAUCAGAAAUCAAGACAAACUGUAACUUUCUCCCCCUCAAGAAAUGCCAUAAAAUAUCCCCAUAUUUUAUCAAAGGUAGGAAAGUUUUUCAAGGGCUAGAUAGAGAGUGCGAUGGUCCUGCAGGCCAGGCUUGUGGACUUGGUCUAGUAACAAAUGCCCAGUUUUUGGCCAUGGUGGUCAUUUUCUUAUCAACUUUGCUUAGAAGACAAUCCACAGGAAAAAUACCAAGAAUACACAGUUUGGGGCAUGUGAGUAACUUAACAUCUGUAACAUGGGAGAUGACCUCCAAUAACUCUGUCCAGAAGGCUUGGAUAAUUGGACUCUUCCAAAGGAAAUUAAAUAGUGUGCCCAUCAUUCAUAUUUACUACAUACAUCCGGGUUACUGGGGUAGAAUUUAUUUAACAUGAUUGGGGUUAUAUAUAUACACUGUGUUCCAAAUUAUUAUGCAACUGAGUUUUUUCUCAGAUUUUCCUAAAUAGUCGAUGCAAAUGACAGUCAGCAUAAUUUAAGUCAUCAACCGUUAGUUUAAUGAAUUGUAAUGUGAUUGGACAAACCUCCCAAUGAUAACAGUAUAUAUAUAUAUACUUAAAAUGCACUGUUCCACAUUAUUAUGCAUGACAGAGUUUUAUAACAUUUUAUAGGUUUUUAAGAACUGAAAAUGCUAAUUUUUGGAUUUUCCAGCAUUAGGAGGUCAUAUUUACUGAAAUCAAAAGCUAUUUCAAUCAAAAUAAUCUUAACGGGUCAAGUUACAUUUUAACAUAGGAGCCCUUAUUUGAUAGCAGCUUCACAAUUCUUGCAUCCAUUGACCUUGUGAGUGUUUGGAGAGUUUCUGCUUGAAUUUCUUUGCAGGAUGUCAGAAUAGCCUCCCAGAGCUGCUGUUAGGAUGUGAACUGCCUCCCACCCUCAUAGAUCUUUUGCUUGAGGAUGCUCCAAAGGUUCUCAAUAGGGUUGAGGUCAGGGGAGGAUGGGGGCCACACCAUGAGUUUCCCUCUUUUUAUGCCCAUAGCAGCCAAUGAUGCAGAGGUAUUCCUUGCAGCAUGAGAUGGUGCAUUGUCAUGCAUGAAGAUGAUUUUGUUACUGAAAGCACGGUUAAUCUUUUUGUACCAUGGGAGAAAGUGGUCAGUCAGAAACUCGAAAUACUUUACAGAGGUCAUUUUCACACCUUCAGGGACCCUAAAGGGGCCGACCAGCUCUCUCCCCAUGAUUCGGCCCAAAACAUGCCUCGCCACCUCCUUGCUGACGUCGCAGCCUUGUUGGGACAUGGUGGCCGUCCACCAACCAUCCACCACUCCAUCCAUCUGGACCAUCCAGGGUUGCACGGCACUCAUCAGUGAACAAGACUGUUUGACAAUUAGUCUUCAUGUAUUUCUGGGCCCACUGCAGCCGUUUCUGCUUGUGAGCAUUGGUUAGGGGGGGCCGAAUAGAAUAACUGAUAGAAUAACGCAUAACUGCAAGCCUCUGGAGGAUCCUACACCUUGAUGUUCAUGGUACUCCAGUGGCACCAGCAGCUUCAAAUAUCUGUUUGCUACUUUGUAAUGGCAUUUUAGCAGCCGUUCUCUUAAUCCGAUGUUUUUGUCUGGCAGAAACCUUCCUCAUUGUGCCUUUAUCUGCACAAACCCGUGUGUGCUCUGAAUCAGCCACAAAUCUCUUAACAGUAGGAUGAUCACGAUUAACUUUUCGUGAAAUAUCUAAGGUUUUCAUACCUUGUCCAAGGCAUUGAACUAUUUCAUGCUUUUUGGCAGCAGAGAGAUCCUUUUUCUUUCCCAUAUUGCUUGGAAAUGGUCAUCUGCUUAAUAAUGUGGAACGCCCUUCUUAAGUAGUUUUUCCUUAAUUGGGCUUACCUGGCAAACUAAUUAUCAAAGGUGUCUGAGAUUGAUUUCAGUGAUCCAAAGAGCCCUGAGACACAAUACCAUCCAUGAGUUUAAUUGAAAAAAAAAAACAUGUAAUCUUUAUGACUCUUAAAUACAAUUUGCGUAAUAAUUUGGAACGCGGUGUAAUCUCAUUAUCCACUUAUUUUGGAGUAGUUUAAAAUGGGUAUAUUUCUGUCUCAAAUCUACAAAAUAAUGUAGGGGUAUCUGGUUCAGAUACACAUUGCCUCCAGCAGGGGUACCAAAAUAUUUAGAGGUAAAGCUAAUUUAGGUCAAUUUUGCUAUCAGAAAUUGACUAAAUUAAUAUUUAAUACUUUAAAUUAAUUAAAGUUAGUUUUGGGGCACCACCUAUUCACUUAGGAAUAGGAAAAGAUAGCAAAUCAUAGUUAAUCAGUCUCUUGAAGUUAACAAAUUAUCAAUUUUGAACAUUGAUUAUUAAUUAUGAAUAUAAUUAUAAUCGAAUUACCUUAUUAAUAUUUAGUAACGGUUGAAGGCAUUUUGAGUUCUUUCCAUAGCAGAGGUUAGCAAAUCACUCAUUCAUGUGCAACAUUAAAGGGAGAAGAAUAUUAAUCCAAAAACAUAUUUAUUCUAAAUAAGUAAAGCAAACAGAACACACAAUAACUCAUCUAAAAGACAAUUUACAGUGGAAAUGUGGGUGAGAAAGAAUGUGUAACAAAAUGGCUGCCGAAAGGCGGUCAUUUAACUAAAUCAAAAUGGUGGAAGCCCUUUGUUCUUGAAGAACAAUAGACCAUGCGGUCUUAAAGCUUAACAAACUUGUUCUUGCUUACUAACUGCCCAGUACUAUACCACAGAGUCCAGAGUUGAAAGGGAAAGCAGAAAUCCUUUUGGAGAAGAAUCUGGUUCCUGGUUGGGUUUUGGUGGUUGUAGCGCUGGUUGCUGUUGGCUCCAGAAGCUUGGUGAGGGUCUCUGUGAUUAUGUCCAGUAUAGAUCACAGGCAGGAAACUUAGAAGCGUGGUGGUGGGCCCACUUGGUUUGGGGCCUCACCAGCCUUCCCUUGGAGCUGGAGACAGAGGGAAGAUGUCUGAUCUUCCUCCUGGAAGAUCAGACCAGGACAGCAGGCAUGCUGUUCCUCGGGGAGUCGAGAAGAGAAGAGAGAGAAGGGAUGGCUGCACAAGACUUUUGUGUCUCAACCUGGAAGUUGUAUUUCCUGUUGGUAUCAGCCAAUGAGACGCCUUUAGGUAUCUCCAGAUACCUGUGGGGGUGGGGGUCGUUUGUCUUUGUUUGGAGGGGGACAAAGAACGACCUCCAUCUUGAAGUAGUUGAGUUGAGUAGCUGUGACCCCUACAAUGACAUGUGUUAGAAUAAUUUGAAUAUUAUACUUGUUGAAAAUGAAAUGUUACUGUCUUCCUCUCUUUUCCUCUUUGACAUUUUUCUCCCAACAGUCAUUACAAGGUCACUAUGCAUGCGUAAUUUACUGAACCCUUGAUAAUGUCUACCUCUAUGCAUUUAUAUUAAUCAGGUAAUAUGAUUUUGAUACAUUGAUUGUGUUUGUGUGUUAAUAUUGAUGUAGAAAACUAUGAUUACUUUAAUUACAUAUAUUCCAUUUGCUUAAACUAAUUAAGAUUCUAUAAUCACCAAAAAUAGUAUUGUCUGUCUUAUAUUUUUUAACCUUUAAAAGAACAUGUAGAACUCUGAAGAAUAGUUGUUAUAUUUCUGUAGAACAUAAUAAGGCAGUAUGUUCGUCAUAACAAGUUUGUUAGCAGGCCACAAGGCCUCGUCCUGUCCUGGGAAGCAGUGAUUGUUUUGCCCAGGUGGCCUGAUGUGUGAUGGUGUGAAAGAAGACUGGCAAAUCAGCGGAGGGGGAAGGCUGGACUUCCUGGAAGAAAUCUACCUUCAUGAUAUAAUUAAACGAUGUUAGUGUAAAACUGGGGUUUUUUGCAGGAGUAGAGACGAGGUUUUCAGACUUCAUGACCUGAAACCUGUCUGUGUGUAUCAGGGACAGUUAAACUGAUUCCUAAAGUGAAUCCCAGAGCUCUGUAAUUCACAUUUCUUGACGUAUUGUAAUAAAACUAUGUUAAACUGAGAA